UUCUUGUACUUCUUAGAUACCAAAAGAUCUAUAGUAGGCCUACAUUUAAAUCACAUGCAUGUAUAGGUCUGUAUUAAAUAUGCGAUCACAGCCUAGCUGGCGCAUGUCACCUUCCUCAACGGCAACAUUCAUACAUAAAACAGCGACGCAAUUCACGCAACGGACCAUGGCCUACAGCCACGGAAAUAAGUUACCCGUACACAGCAGCACGGAUGUUCUACUAGGAUCUAUAUAGAUCUAGAUCUACAUGUGGGUAUAUACGGAGAACAUCUAUUAAAAUGGCUUAUCGGUGUAGACCAAAAGCACAAUCCAUUUUUUUUCUGUUGAAUGGAUUAUUGUUUGCAUCUUUUCAUGCCAGUGUUGUGGACGAACCCCUUCCAAUUAAUAUGACAUUAGUAUAUGGUACAUUUCUUAAUAACAAGUUAAUAUGUACAUUUGGUACUGAUGAACAAAUUCAAAAUAGUAAUAUCGAGCCCUCAUGUUAUGAACCAUACAAAAAUGUGAUGCAUUUGUUACCUGAUGGAACUAAAACACAACCAUAUCUACCAUAUAAACCCUUUGGUGACAAUGGAAAAAUCCUCGAAUGUGAAACAGAAAUUCCAAAUGGAAAAUUUAUAGAUUGUGAUUAUAAACCUUAUUAUGUCAGCACUAAGUGCACUUUUAGCUGUAACAGUGGAUAUCAUUCUAAGAGCACAAAUGUGAGCUGUCUUCUAAUGAAACCACUCAGCAACGUGACUGCUAAAUGGUGGCCCAUUGAUCCAUGUCAACCAAGAGAAUUUGAUGUAACUACAGUUAACACAACUCCUGAUGAACCUCCUGGUUCAGCUCCUGUUGUAACUCCUAGUUCACCUCCUGAUGAACUUCCUAGUUCAGCUCCUAUUGUAACUCCUUUUGAAGCUUCUGGGAUUAGUGUACUGUUUACCAUUGUGAUAGUCUUAUCAUCUCUAUUGGGAGCAGUUGCUUUAAUGCUUAUUUUCUUUAUAUUAUAUAAAAGGAAAGCAGAACAAACUCCACGUACAUAUAAGAUGUCAGAACAAGAAUUAGCAUUUGGUGAGCUACCAUCUUGUAAUCGUAAGGAUGCUAAUGACAAUAUUGGCAAUGCAGGUGAUUCUGAAUUCUUCAGAGAUAAACAAGUUCAACAUUUUAAAAUGGAAGAGGAAAAUCCAACGGAAGCAUCAACGUUUCUGUCACACCCUAGUGAUAAAGUGGACAUUUAUACUGAUAAGGAUGUUAAAAAAGGAACUUCUGCUCUUUUACAUGGUUACACUGAAGAUAAACUUGAUCGAAUUGAAAAAGAAAUUAAUAACCUUCAGAAAACAUUAAUAUAUGAUGAGAAACAAGAAUCUGCUGAUAAGACUUUUUCUUUUUUAGAUGAGAUAGAGUGUCCUGUCAAGUCCCUAGACAGCUGCUGUCCUAUACAAGUUCAAGGUAAAUGUGACGUGAACAUAAAGUUUUUGUUGAAUCAAAACAUCAAUUACAAAGGCAAACUUAGAGGUGAGCUAGAACUCAUUGAUGGUCGUCCACUCGCACACAGUUUAGCUGGCUAUGCCAGAUGUCACUGGAAAGACUUGGGCUAUGCUUCUGUAAAUCAGGUCAAGGUUAUUGAAGAGUCAUUCAAGCAAAGGACAGAUGACAAAGCUUCAGAUGAAUUUCUCCAAGUCAUGUCGCAGCGUGGAUACACCAUCGGAGAAAUGUUGGAAUAUUUUUAUCAAGAACAAGCACACAACGUGGUUGAUGUUGUUUUAGAAGUGCAUAAAGACUGUCAUUAUUGCAAUCAACUUGGGAGGAAGUGAUGCCUUCAUGUUGUUUUUAAAAGUCCACACAGAGCUUUUACUUUGAUCAAUUUAAGAGUGAUCCUUUGGCAUUUUAUUGAUUCUUUUAAUGUGUUAAAGCUGAACUAUAUCAGCUUGGGAUGAGAUGACCAUGAAUAAUAAAGUCAGUAGAUGCAAACAAAUAAAGUGAAGAGGGAAAACCUUUGGCUUUCUGUAAUGAGGAUCUUGAGCUUAAAACUUUCUGACACUUUAGUGAUCACAAUAAUCCUGUAGACCACUGAAAAAGGUGUAGGCCUACUUAUCACUCUUGGAUGGCUGCCUGGUUGUGCAGUAUGCGCGAUGGACUGUCUGUUUUGGUUAUCUUGAUAAUCCCGGUUCAUACCCUGCCCAUUGCUGAACCAGUAGACGUUUGUGGCUAGGAAGUAGAAUUAUCUUCAACUUUGAAGGAACAUCCAAAAUAUGUUAAACACUUUACAAUUUUUCUUCUUAGACUGCUUAGUUUUGAAGGGAAAAUCAUAAUAACACUUCCAUCAUUGUUCUUCUACUUAUAUAUAUCUCAUUCCAGCUGAUGAUGCUUUUAGUGAGUUAUUUUAAUAUUUUAUUUGAAAUGUGCCAUUUUCAUGUCUGCUUAUUCAAGAAAAUUGUCAUAGUUUUUAUGACAAAGUUCUUUUUAUUUUUUUGCACAUCAGCACUCAUAAGGCCAUGCCAUGCUUUAAUAAGACUGUUUAAUUUAUUGAUUUAGUUAAGUUUUACUAAAAACAGUUUAAGUGAAAUCUGAGCAUUUCUUUUAACUUUAUCUUUGUUACCGAUGAGUUAUACACAUUUUAACGAAAUAUUCUUUUAAUAUAGUAUUUCCUAUUCUAACUAAUUUAAAUGUUUCUUUUACUUCAAGCUGCUGCUAGGUAAAAACUUAACAAGUAGGCUACUGGUAACAUAAACAGUUGUUUUUUAUAGAAAAAACAAUUCCUCCUUUAUAUAGCUGACCAACCUCUGAAAGAGUGAUUUUUUUUUUGCUCUUAAUGAAUGAUGAGAUUUUUUUUAUUUUUUAAACCCCCCUUAUUUUCCCCUCCCCCUGAAAAAAUCCUGGUUACCCUUAAAUGCAUCUAUAAAUUUACUCCAAGAAAAAAAAAUUCCAGCCAUAGAUCUAGACUUAGAAGGCAGAGCUCAAAUGUUCUUGAAGGAAUACCCACUGUGAUGUAUGUCAGUUUAAGAUGAUUGUCUAUAUCAAAUUUAAUUUUAGAAUGCUUUUAAAAAUAAUAACAAUCCAACUUGAGUUUUCCCAGUGUGACCAAUUAACUAGUAAUUCUUUCCCCAAAGAUAUCAAAAUCGAAAACCUUAUAUCCAUCUAGGUUUUUCUGACCUUCUGACCUUUUCCAAUGAAGACUUUGCUAACUGAAUAAAGGAAUUGCAAAAAAAAAUAAUGUCUCAGGAUGAUUUUAGCCUGCCUCCUUUUGAAAACAAAAUAGAGGUAAAAAAAAAAAAAAAAAAUAGAAGAAUGUAUAGUAGUCAACUAUUUAUACAGGAAAUCAAUUCAAAUGUCGUUUUGUGCUUUGUUUAUGACUGUCAUGAAAUCCAUUUUUAUUCAAAGCAAGUGCAAUUUAGAUAAUUCAGUGAAUCUUGAACUAUUUAAAUGAUAGUAUCAUCAGCCAAUGUGUUUGAGGAGAUAAAAAGUUCAAAUCUUGUAUUUGUGUUGUUGCCUCUUCUUCCUAUCUUAUAUAUUAUUGACAUUACUUGAAAAAAGAAGAUAAUUAAGUCUGACACAUUUCAUGUGUCAAUUUAGUCAUGCAUGUUAAUCAGUGGCUUAAAUUCUCCUAAGUCAUUGGUUUUCCAGGCUGAUUCAGGCAACCCAUUCCAUUCUCUAAUGGCACUAGGUAAGAAGGAGCACUUGUAAGAAUUUAUUCUAGCGUUUUCAGAGUUUCAUUAGGUUUAUUUUUCUAUUUGUAAAUGAUGGUUUAGUGUUUUAUGUAUUAUAGCUACUUUACUUUUUAUUCUUCUGUCCUGAAGUGUCUCUUAUGAUUCUAAUAAUGGUUUUACUCUAAUCAAAUAGGAAUAUUCAUUUGUUAUAAAUCUCACUGCUCUAUUUUGUAUUUGUUCUAGUUUCUUUAUGUUUUCUUAAAUUGAGGGCUCUCAGAGGAUGCAUAUUCUAAUAUUGGCCUAAUUAAGUUAAAUAGCAUUUUAGUUUUAUUAUGAUGUUUGAUUUGUACAAAUUUCUUUUGAUAACCCUAAUGUUUUGCUGGAUUUUUUAAUAAUUUCAUCAAUAUUGGGAUUCCAUGAUAACUUUUCAUUUAUUAUUACACCUAGAUAUUUUGAGUUUUUAGUCUCUGAGACUGGUUUACGAUGAAUAAAAUAAGCUUUUAUUUAUUUUUUUUUUGUUACUCUUAAUAGCUGGCAUUUUUCUGGGUUGAAAGACAUGCUUCAAUUUGAUUCCCAUUUCUGUAAUUCUUCUAAUUAUUUUUGUAAAAUUUCAUUAUAUUGUGUUUUUAUUGUUCUAUAUAUUAUCAUCUGCAAAUAAUCUGACUUUUGUUCCUGAACUAAUGCAAUUUGGUAGAUCAUUUAUGUAAAUUAAAAAUAGUAGUGGACCUAAGACUGUUACUUGAAGCACACCUAAAUUUACUGUUAUUGGUGUUGAUUAGAGCCAUUUAUUAUUACAGUUUGUUCUCUUUCUAUUAGAUAAUCCUGAAUCCAUUGAUGUAAUGAACAAUUAAUGCCAAAGUAUUUUAGUUCUGUAAGCAGGCUAAGGUGAUGAACUUUGUUAAAUGCCAUAGAAAAGUCUUGUAAAAUUGCAUCUAUUUGUUCUUACUUAGACUUAGGUCCUCCCAUGGCGCAUUGGGCGACAAGCUGUCUCCACAAAGAUCUGUCACUGGCAAUGUCUGAAGCCUCCUCCCACCUGGUGUCCACUGUUCUGAGGUCCUCCAUGAAUGUGUGGCGCCAUGUUAUAUGAGGACAUCCCUUUAUUGGCCUUCAUGUCAUCACAACUCUUGGUAUGCUUAGUUUAUUUUGUCGGAGAACGUGUCCCGCAAACCACAUGCGAUGCUCUGUCACAAUCUCACUAAGUGUUCAACUCCCAGUUCGGCAUAGGAUUUCUUUGUUUGAUUAUCGAUUAUCAAUCUAUGUAACUGACUCCUCACCCAUUUUUGUUGAGCCGCAUUCAGUCUUUUCUCAAUUUUGACAUGACUUCCAUGUCUGACAUGCUUAUGUUGCUGUUGGGAUGAUGAUGAUGUUGAAUAGGUGUAUUUUUGUCUCGAGUCCAAUGGAUUGGCUUGUCCAAAUAGGCUGCAGCCUUUGGAAAAUGCUCCAUGCCUUUCCUGUUCAGCACACUGCAUUGCGGUAGACAUCCCCAUCAUUUGUUAUGAUGCUACCAAUGUAUGUGAACUUAUCCAACUCUUCAAUCUUUGACUCGCCAAGUCUGAAGGGGGCACCCUUUGCCUUAUAUCCCAUUCGCAAAAGUUAAGUCUAUUUGUUCACUAAUAUCUAAUCCCUUUAAAAAAUCAUCAAUUAAUCCUAAUAGUUGAGUUUAACAUGACCUAUUUUUCCUAAAGCCAUGUUGGUAAGGAGUGAGGACAUUAUGUUGAUCUAAGUGAUUUAUGGUGUUUCUACAUAUAAUGUGAUCUAGAAUUUUACAUGUGAUGCUGGUGAGUGAUACUGUGCUGUAGUUUCCUGGAUCAGAUUUUUCUUUUUCAAAUAAGUGACAUUAGCUUCUUUCCAGUCACUCGGUACUAUUUGCUGAUUUAGUGAUGCCUGAUAAAGAAUUUUGAAUUAGUUCUUUGAGCAAUCUAGCUCUAAUACAAUCAGGUCCAAAAGCUUUUUUUUUUUGCUAGCAUAGUUUUUGGAUUCCUUUUUCUUGUACAUUUAUAUCUGCUAUGUUUUCUACUGGUUUAAAUAUAUUAAUAUGUCUUUGUCUCCUGAGAAUGCUGAUGCAAAAUAUUUUUAAAGAAUGUUAGCUUUAAUUUCAUUAUCAUUAUGUGUUAAGUUAUCUUCACCUCUAAUGGGAAUUACUCCUGUUGUUUUAAUUUUUUUAGAUUUAAUGUGACCAUAAGUUUUUGUUGUUGUCUUCAGAUAUCACUUUAUUUAUGUAUUCACUCUACAGCUGUCUUUUGGGUUAGUUGUUUGACUUUAAGGUACUUUUUAUGGAUUCUGCCUUAGUUUAAUUACAUUUUUAAAAUAGGUUUGCUUUCUGUUUGCAAAGUUUCUUUAAUUUCAUUUAAAUGUUAUAGCAUGCAUUAAGCUUUUAACCAUUAAGAGAUUUCAUGUAAUAUUACCCCUAUACUAAAUCAUGACUAUGUACAUAGGGAUGACCCUUAGUUUUCAAGUUUAUAAAUUAUUGCUUAAUUUCCAUAAAUGUGUACACACAAUUUUCUUUAAAAAUUUGCCAGUAACAGAAAACUAUUAGUAAGUUGUUAAAAAAGUUGUAAGAUGCCAUCAAAUCUUAAAUUACAAUGUUCUUUCAAAAAAGAAAAUUAAGGGCCACCCCAAUGAAGAUUUUUUUUUAUUAUUAUUUCUUAAUGCAUUUAGUGUGUUGAAACAAAUAUUUUUUUAAAGAUGUUUUGUUAUUGUAGACACAAUGUUCUUCUGAUGGCUCUGAUGGCAGCAAAUAUUCAUUUAGAAAAAUUCUGAUUUCAACUGAACUUGUAAAUAUUCAUGGUUUGGAUUAUAUGCUGGCACAUAGACCAAACAUGCUGGUGUAAAUAUGAUCUUUUUAUAUAUAUCUUUCUCAAUAAAAUUACAUAUUUUAACUGAACAA